GACUAAAAGUUCAAUGCUCUUCCUUCACAAACUUAUAUUACUGGGAUUUAAAAGUACCUCAAUGAACACUUUAAUUUCUUCCGUUUUGUGAUUUUUUAGGGAUAAAGGUCGUUUAAUGAUGGUUAUUAUUCAGUUAUGGUUUUAGGAUGAUUUAUGUCUUCUCAACAGCGGACUGAAGCCUAAAAUUCAAACUGUUCCAAUGGAAUUGAAUUUGUGAUUAUUAAACAUUGAUCGCUUACAGGUAUCGAUUUAUCAGUGACGACUGUGUUAUCAGAAAAGAAGAAAUGAUGUGAGAGGUGUUAUAUAACCUUCAAUGUUGUUCUUGUCAUGGAUAUAUCAUAACAAUCAAAAUGAAAUCUUUAAAAUAAGGUACGUUCAGACCAUUAUUACUAUUGACUCAGCCGGAAGUAGCCAGAUAAAUUGAUCACAAGAUUCGAAUAUGUUUUCACUUCAAACGAUAACGUAGUUGCCAGCAAAAAAUGAAGCCAAGGUAACUAUGUGUCAUCGAUUCAGGAAAACAAUGUAAACUGAUUUUCAGGAUAAGAGUGAGAGCUAACAUGUUUGGGAUUGAAGGAAGAUGUUUUUACGUCAACGUUGUCUUCCUGCCCAUCGAAUACAUAGACAUUUGUUGAUGACAAUAUUUGCUACAUCAUGUUUUCUAUGUUUUACUUUAUUCACACACCCGUUAAUAAUGGUUCAUAAUAGUUGCGUGCAUUGUUCUGUUUCAAAUAACUAUUUACAAGAAAUCGUUCACGAAAUUUACACAAAUGGAUCUUCUACCAAGCAACCCGUUAACCCAACCAAUAUCGAAUAUAUUCACAAACCAUUACAUAUUUGUGAUCUGCAUACAGGGCCGGAUUUUUUAUUAGUGCUAGUGAAAUCAGAUGCUUCGAAUAUUGCUCAUCGAAUGUCCAUCAGACAAACAUGGGGGAAUAUAUCACAUUCUCAUAUAAAAGUUAUAUAUCUUUUAGGAUAUUAUAGUGUUGUUCAGGAUAUGAUUGACAUAGAAUCUGAAACAUACAAAGAUGUUUUACAAGGAGAUUUUGUUGACAUUUACGAUAACAAUAUGAACAAAACAGCUAUGGCUUACCAGUAUGCUGUAGAAAAUUGUGACAAUACUCAGUUUCUGUUUUUCGUAGAUGAUGACUUUUUCGUAAACAUUUUGAAUGUUAAUAAGUAUUUAAAAACACUUACUACUCCUUUCAAAUCGAAACUGUUUUCCGGAUGUAUUAUUAAAAGAGCGAAGCCGUUUAGGAAUAAAUCUUCGAAAUGGUACAUCACUCGAGAGGAAUACCCGUUUGAUAUUUAUCCAAACUAUCCGUCCGGUGGUGCUAUACUCAUGUCGAUGACUAUAGCUAAGUUAUUAAAAACGGCAUUUCCAUAUGUGCAAUAUAUUCAUAUAGACGACGCCUAUCUUGGAAUAGUGGCUAAUAAACUCAAACUUCCAUUACAUAAUGAUGAACGAUUUGAUGCUGUGUAUACACCACCUAUGCGGUUGAAAACUAUUUUUGCAUCUCAUGGCUAUGGAGACCAUAGACAAAUUUUGGUUAUCUGGGAUGUCUUUCUAGCUACAAUGUCUUUAAAUUCAUCCACAGAUCUCAAUAAACAGUUACGCAAAUCAUGAAUACGAUAGUUUUAGGUUAACAAAUUAUUUUGAAUUGGUAUUUUUUUUAAAUCUUUUAUUAAAGCUUGAGACGUCA